CUCUCCCAAUUCGGUUCCAUGUUGAGGAGGGAUCCAUGAUCCAUGAUAUUUGCCCUAUCAACUCCGUAGUAUCCUCCUAGUCUAUCGCCAACAAUUGUCACUUGGUGCUUUCCGUCCAGAACCAGCUUGCCCCGAUGGAUCAUGGACCACAUGACAAAACCACUGGAGGAGACUCCAUCCCCACCAUGCCCAUCACCUCGAUCAAUCAGGUGCCGCAGAGGACGAAUCUCCCAUGUUUUUGCUGGGAACAUGGAGCCGAAGUGGAUGAGACCAACCCGUAGGGCUGAACAAUAUGCCUCAGCACAGUGCUCACUCAGUACAAUCAGUCCAAUUUUAAAACAUGGUCGUGUCCGAUGGCAUGCAAACAGAAUGAAGUUCGUGUGUGUGACUCCCGUUCCGGGAACUGAUGAUCGGAGACCUCCGUCACGCACACUCUCAGGCAACCAAGAGCAGCAUCAAUCUACAUGGCCGUUUAGUGGUGUCUCGUUUCCCUUUACGCAAGCCAACCAUGCACAUCCGAUCAUCACUACUUCAGUCUUUUAUCAUACUUAUGUAUAUCCGUACUGUGUAUCGCAGGUAGCUGUACUGUACUUCCGUCCUCAACAUCAUCUAUACUCUUCCACCUCCGAUUGGCCAGAAGGAACCUCGCCAACCAGGCAUCUCCGAUGUCUUGAUAGCGAGAGCCCAGGCUUCGGUUACCGACUCGGGACUCCCGGUGAACCCAUUGUACCUGUGUUGCCUCAGAGACCAGGCCGUCACUGCCUCAGGCACUCUGCGGCAUACUCUCCGCGGCGGCCCGCAUUUGGCUUUCUCCGUUCAGAGACUUUAAGACUUUAAGCCCCGGUGCGCGGAGUUUCUUGCCUGGCCGGCACGCACGGCAGUUACUCCGGUCCACACAGGUUAUUUGCGGUUGAAUCUGGACUCGGAGAUAGGUGGUUGUUGAUUCCGCUUGGUGCCUCGCGUUUGGGAUGGGAGCUUGGUGUCUGGUUCAUGUAUUCGUGGCUUGUCGCUUGCUAUGGGGUGUCUUGUGGAGAUAAGAGCGAUGUACCCUCUUAUGGGCUGUAUUGCGUUCU